CAGGUCACAUCUUCAACUGGGGAGGAGAUUUUCUUCAAGAUCAAGCGCAGUACGAAGUUGGUGAAGCUUCAGAAUGCGUAUGCAAAUAAAGUUGGCAAGGAUGUUAGCGGAAUCCGUUUCUUGUAUGACGGAGUUCGAAUCAAUGAUGGAGAUACGCCAACCAGUCUUGGGAUGGACGAUAACGACAGGAUCGAUGUGAUGGUCGAACGUAUGUGA